AUGACUAGCGUGGGAAGUGUGGACAAGAACUUUGAAACUGCCGCCGUGGAGCAGGGCUGCAGGAUGCUGUUCCUCCCAGAGAAUUGCAGCUUCCUGGGGCUGGCGUUUUCAGAGUCGUUGGCCGUUGCGGAGCCGCUGGAGGGCCCCACCAUGCAGCGGUAUCGACAGCUGGCGGCGGACAGCGGCCUGUGGCUGUCGGUGGGCGGCUUCCAGGAGCGUGGGCCCGACCCGGAGCACCUGUACAACUGCCAUGUGGUCAUCAACGCCAGCGGGCGCAUCCAGGCCUCCUACCGCAAAAUCCACCUGUUUGACAACAGCGUGCCCAACGGUCCCGUGCUGAUGGAGAGCAGGUUUACGGCGGCGGGCGAGCGGCUGGUGGCGUGCGACAGCCCUGCGGGGCGCCUGGGCCUGUCUGUGUGCUACGACCUGCGCUUCCCGGAGCUGUACCAGCGGCUGACGUAUGAGCUGGGGGCGCAGGUCCUGCUGGUCCCCUCGGCCUUCACCGUGGCGACAGGGCGGGCGCACUGGGAAGUUUUGCUGCGGGCGCGGGCGAUAGAGACCCAGACCUACGUGAUCGCCGCGGCGCAGGCUGGCCAGCACAAUGCCAAGCGGGAGAGCUACGGGCACAGCUUGAUCAUCGACCCCUGGGGCGAGGUGGUGGGGCGGCUGCAAGACCCGCUUGCAACCGGCAUCGCCGUCGCGGAUGUCGACCUGGGCCUGCUGCAGCAGAUCCGCUGCCGCAUGCCGGUGGCGGAGCACCGGCGGCUCGGGCGGCUGGCGGUGCACCGCGACUUUGAGAUCCUGUAA